AUGGCGUCGUUCAGAGUGCUGGUUGCGGUAUUGUUGGUGAUUGCGGCAGUGUCCAGUGCAGCGUUGGCAGAGACUGCACUUCAAACCGUUCAGAAGAAUAGUAGGGCGAACCACGGCGAAGGUCGACAGAUAGUUGCCAACAACACUUUUAACAGAUGGUGGCCAUGGGGCGGCUGGGGUGGUUGGGGAUGGGGCUGGGGCUGGGGCUGGGGCAUUGCAGCCUUCGUACUAGCGAUCGUAAAGGGAUCGAUCCUACUCGGAGGUUUCGCAAUCUGGGCGUUCUUCCGUGGUUUCGCCAAAAAGGGCGGCGGCUGCGCUCCGAUCAUCAUCCGAGAGUCCCCACCACCGAUCUACUCACAUCACCCGUGGGAUCGUUCCGAAUCGAUCGCAGAUCCCUCGUCUCCGUUCCCUCGCACAAAGCGGGCAGCGGAUUACACGGAAGACCCGCUCUACUGGACGGACAUGAUCACAGACUUUGCGUUCAGCUUCCUCGGCGUUCACUCGCAGGAUUGCCGCAAACGGUUCGUCUGUGAGGUCGAUGUCCGGGCUCGGGCCGAUCCGAUGCUGCAGAUGGCGAUGCAGUUGUUCGGAGGGGACAUCUUCCGGAAGUACCGCGGAGAGAACGACAAGGUAGCGAAGGACUUUGGCGAGUGUGCCAAGAUCUACAGCAAGUGUAAGCACAAUGGUCCGUCGAUGUCGUUCAACGUGAUUACGACCCAGGUGGAUCCGCUGCUGGAUUAUGAGGAUGUUAUUGGGAAUGGAAAUGCAAAUGUUCCGGAAGAGGAAGUUGUGAUUGCGACUCAGGACGAUGAGACAACGGAAGCUGAGACGAUCACGACGACGACAACGGAAGCUCCGCAGAAGAAGUAUUUUAAUAAAAGGAAACGAUAUUUUAGAAUAAGGAACUAA